AUGUGCGACAAUGACGAAGGAAAUAUGGCGGCGGCCAUAGUGCAAAUGUCUUGUUUGUACCGUGGGAUGCUAGCGGUCAGGGCAACUGGAAUACGAGCGCUCAUCCCAGGCCUGGUGACGUCGCAGUUUAGAGGAUUUUCUGUGAAAAAAGAGAAAGAGCCGGAACUGGAAGACAAUCCAUAUUAUAAUAAAUAUCAGGAAAAGAUCAGGAAGCUAAGCAAGUAAGCGCAAAGUCAAACGCGAGCAAAGAUUAGUUAGCUAGCACCAGGCUAGUUAGCUAGUUUGGUGUGCAACCCCCACUGAUGUAGGUUGUCACUGGAUAGUGAACAGGGAAAUGAAAUGCCCAGGUGUAACAACCAUGGGAAAUAACUGGUGACAGCUAACUAGCUAAGUAUUGCCUACUGUGUUCGCUAACUAUGUAUGUACCAUAUCUAAUAACUGGUCUCACGUUUUUAUAAUUUGGCUUGUGUUGUGACUUGGUUUUUUAUUUAUUUUUAUUUCACCUUUAUUUAACCAGGUAAGCCAGUUGAGAACAGGUUCUCAUUUACAACUGCGACCUGGCCAAGAUAAAGCAAAGUAGUGCAAUAAAAACAACACAGAGUUACAUAUGGGGUAAAAAAACAUAAAGUCAGAAAUACAACAGAAAAUAUAUAUACAGUGUGUGCAAAUGUAGCAAGUUAUGGAGGUAAGGCAAUAAAUAGGCUAUAGUGCAGAAUAAUUACAUUAGUAUUAACACUGGAAUGCUAGAUGUGCAAGAGAUGAUGUGCAAAUAGAGAUACUGGGGUGAAAAAUAAAUAACAAUAUAGGGAUGAGGUAGUUGGGUGGGCUAAUUUCAGAUGGGCUGUGUACAGGUGCAGUGAUCGGUAAGGUGCUCUGACAACUGAUGCUUAAAGUUAUUGAGGGAGAUAAGAGUCUCCAGCUUCAGAGAUUUUUGCAAUUCGUUCCAGUCAUUGGCAGCAGAGAACUGGAAGGAAUGGCGGCCAAAGGAGGUGUUGGCUUUGGGAAUGACCAGUGAGAUAUACCUGCUGGAGCGCAGACUACGGGUGGGUGCUGCUAUGGUGACCAAUGAGCUUAGAUAAGGCGGGGAUUUGCCUAGCAGUGAUUUAUAGAUGGCCUGGAGCCAGUGGGUUUGACGACGAACAUGUAGUGAGGACCAGCCAACAAGAGCGUACAGGUCACAGUGGUGGGUAGUGUAUGGGGCUUUGGAGACAAAACGGAUGGCACUGUGAUAGACUACAUCCAAUUUGCUGAGUAGAGUGUUGGAGGCUAUUUUGUAAAUGACAUCGCCGAAGUCAAGGAUCGGUAGGAUAGUCAGUUUUACGAGGGUAUGUUUGGCAGCAUGAGUGAAGGAGGCUUUGUUGCGAAAUAGGAAGCCGAUUCUAGAUUUAACUUUGGAUUGGAGAUUCUUUAUGUGAGUCUGGAAGUUGAGUUUACAGUCUAACCAGACACCUAGAUAUUUGUAGUUGUCCACAUACUCUAGGUCAGACCCGUCGAGAGUGGUGAUUCUAGUCGGGUGGGCGGGUGCUAGCAGCGUUCGAUUGAAAAGCAUGCAUUUAGUUUUACUAGUGUUUAAGAGCAGUUGAAGGCUACUGAAGGAUUGUUGUAUGGCAUUGAAGCUCGUUUGGAGGUUUGUUAACACAGUGUCCAAUGAAGGGCCAGAUGUAUACAAAAUGGUGUCGUCUGCGUAGAGGUGGAUCUGAGAGUCACCAGCAGCAAGAGCGACAUCAUUGAUAUACACGGAGAAAAGUGUCGGCCCAAGAAUUGAACCCUGUGGCACCCCCAUAGAGACUGCCAUAGGUCCAGACAACAGGCCCUCCGAUUUGACACACUGAACUCUAUCUGAGAAGUAGUUGGUGAACCAGGCGAGGCAGUCAUUUGAGAAACCAAGGCUAUUUAGUCUGCCAAUAAGAAUGCGGUGGUUGACAGAGUCGAAAGCCUUGGCCAGGUCGAUGAAGACGGCUGCACAGUACUGUCUAUUAUCAAUCGUGGUUAUAAUAUCGUUUAGGACCUUGAGCGUGGCUGAAGUGCACCCGUGACCAGCUCGGAAACCGGAUUGCAUAGCGGAGAAGGUACGGUGGUAUUCGAAAUGGUCGAUGAUCUGUUUGUUAACUUGGCUUUCGAAUACUUUCGAAAGGCAGGGCAGGAUGGAUAUAGGUCUGUAGCAGUUUGGAUCUAGAGUGUCACCCCCUUUGAAGAGGGGGAUGACCGCGGCAGCUUUCCAAUCUCUGGGGAUCUCAGACGUUAUGAAAGAGAGGUUGAACAGACUAGUAAUAGGGGUUGCGACAAUUUCGGCGGCUAGUUUUAGAAAGAAAGGGUCCAGAUUGUCUAGCCCAGCUGAUUUGUAGGGGCCAGAUUUUGCAGCGCUUUCAAAACAUCAGCUGUCUGAAUUUGUGUGAAGGAGAAGCGGGGGGGGGCAUGGGCAAGUUGCAGCAGAGGGUGCAGAGUUGGUGGCCGGGUUAGUGGUAGCCAGAUGGAAAGCAUGGCCAGCUGUAGCAAAAUGCUUGUUGAAAUUCUCGAUUAUUGUAGAUUUAUCGGUGGUUAACUGAGUGUGAUGUAUAUUAUAUGCCUGUUUUAUUCCAGUUCAGUAUACUCAGCAUUUAGGAUUACAGUUUACCCUCCCUAUACAACUUAUUAAUAGAUUGAUGUCUAAUGUUAGUUGAAUCAGUUGUGUUUUAGUUCUGGGCUGGAACAAAAGCCUGCACAUUCCAGGACAGGGCUAGGAUUGAAUGACCCUGUACUAAUAACUAGUAGCCAGAGCCAACGUUGAUAUUACAUAGCUUUUUGUGGUUUCCUAAAUCCUUCAUGUUUAGGAUAAUUAUUACUGAAGUGACAAUGUUAUCCGUCUUCUCUGAACUGUUGUGCAUGAGUGAAAAGUUUCCUGCUUCGUUAUGCUCUGUGUACAUUAUGCCGUUCAUCUCUAGGCUGACCUUUAGCGCUCAAACUCUAGGUGGCAUUUUGCCUUCUCCCUACAGUUUUCAACCAUUAGCUUUGCCCACGGUUUUCAACCAUUAGCUUUGCCCACGACUACCUUUAGAAACAUCAAUAAUCAUAGCUUGCAAACAUAUGGCCCUUAUCUUUCAUUAGUGAGAAAGAAUCCUUCCAAAAAAUAAAAUACACUUGCUGUAACAGUUUUCCACAUAUCCAUACAGCUAUGGUUGCCUCCAUCCGACCAAACUACACUUCCGCUACACUUUCUGAAUUACACACAGGUGUUCGGAGCGUGCUAGAUAGCUUCUUAGCACAGGUGGUCGCCUCUUGUCUUAUGUAAACAAGCGUUGUAACAUGAAGAUAUGGCCGUGUGGGAACACUAACCCUUACCCUAUCAACGUGUGUAUCAAUUUAACCUUUUGUUUUUUGAAAAUUAUUAUUAACUUUUAUGAAAGAUAAGGUCCUUAUGCUUCCAAAACCAUACCGUAACAACGCGUGUCAAUGUUCAGAUUGAGCGUCUGGGCUCUUAACAAAACUCACCCGUACAGAAGACUCCUUCGUCCAAUGACUCUUAUGUGUAAUGUAAUGGAACUGUGUCAUGAUCACAGGCUAGGCUGACCUGUACCUUAGUUUUGAAUUUACGGAUUUCCUAACCAGAAGUUAUUUCAUUUUUUUAAGUGCCAGACCUCAGGAGUUCAAUGCUCGGCUCGAGAAGCAAAUUGAAAUCAAGAGGGAGCCUCUUGGACACUCUAAACAAGCGGAGUUUGUCAAGCUCAUGGAGCAGGAAGUAAGUUAAUACAUAACAUAUUUUGUUGGGUGUAAUCAUAAUGUUUAAACAUUGUCUGUUAGGCUACCCACCAUUGCUUUGGGGUGCGUGCAUCCCCCCUUGUAGAAGUCUUUACGCUGAAAGACUGCUAGCCCCUAGAUGUAGCUUUGACAGCCUUCGUGCCAAUAUGCCCUACACAAAUGUAGGGAAACACUGUUUAAUUGACUCCAAUUUGAUAUGCAACAAAUCUUAUCUUAUUUGCAGUUGGAGAAGCGUGACAAGCAGUCUGAUGGUUCAGGCAGAUUCACUAAAGACAAGGUGAAAAGUAAAAAAUGCUGUCCUCGAUAGCAUUGUAAAUUGCUGAAGAGAAUGUGGAAUGGCAUUGAUUGAUACUAUUGACAUUAUUGGAUUGCAUUUGUAUACAAUUUUUCACAAGGUUUUAUAGCCCAUUACUUGUUACCCAUAUAUGAGGGUAACUCACCCCAUACACCUGGGUGAUCCCAUUAACGUCUUUUUUGGUUUUGCACAGACCCUAGGAUCUAUCCUCAACUUGGACUUGAUCCAGGAUAAUUCGGGAGAAGAAAUUGCAGAGGUAUGUGUAUUUACAUAUUUAGAGAUUAAAUAUCAUAUCUAGGUAAAGAAUCAUGUUAUUUUUCAUGUUGUGCUCAUAAGAGGAAUGAAAUAUAUAUUUUUGUGUAACUUUCAUUCUCUGUUUUCAGCUGUGGAGGCAGUAUUAUGCCACAAAAGACACAAUCAGUGCUGUCUUACCAGUAAGUUUGCUAUUUUGUCAGAACACACGUUUUCCAGUAAUUUAACUUGCAUGGCUUAGCUAUUUAUUGUCCUAAACAAAUGUUUUUUUAUAAUUGCAUAAUUAUUCCUCAUUUUAGGCUCACAUUUUUGAAGUCAUUAUCAACCGAGCCAAGUCGAACCCCGCGGUAAGAAUCUCAAUGCUCAGUGUCUAUUAAAACUGUGCUGUAAUAUGUACAAAAUUGGAUGAUAAAGAAGUGUGUUUGCAAUGACAUUGCAUACAAAUUAACAAAAACAAAUUAUUUGCCAAUUUGUCUGGCAUAAUGACAAUAGUCAGAGCAGAUGUGAUUGUUUGAGAAGUAACAUGCAGUAAAGACCACUUGGUGCCAGUAUUGCUCCAAUAAAGAACGCUACGCUGCAGCAUUCCACUAGUUCAGUGCUGCCUGUUAACCACAACCUGAAUGAUGUAUAACUAUUAGAACAACAGUGAAUUGAGAUAUGAUUGAAUACCUGCAUUUUAUUAUUUUGAGAUGUUAUACUCUUGAGUUCACAAUUGGAACCCUUGUUGGUUGAUGGUCGCAAAGCAGAAUGAUGGUAAUCUAAUGUCAGAUAGUUGAGUAAAGAAAUUGUUGAAAAUAGACAGUGGUGAUGAUUAUAAUCUAUAACUCCCCUAUCUCCAGUUCCUGUAUGCUUUACCCCAAAAGGAGGGUUAUGAGUUCUUCCUGGGCCAGUGGUCGGACCACGAGCUCCAUUUCACCUCCCUCAUCAAUGUCCAGGUAUUAUUCCCAUAAAAGUUAUUUGAUCACUCCAAUCCAUCAUCACUUAUCCAAACGAAACCAUAUAUUUUUUAUAAUAUGGUAUGUAUUUAUCUAUAUAAAAUAUAGGGAUGGGCACGGUUAUUCGAAAAUUCAAAUUUCCGAAUGGAUGUUAAUAUUCAAUUACUUGGUAGUGUUCAUUUCUGAUAAAUAAAUGGGCCUAUUUUUUUGUGGGGGGGACGUGCUUUGUCUAAAAUGAAAUACAAGUAUUUAUGUGACAUUGCUACAUAGCCUACAAGGAUAGACCAUUUCAUUAAAAAUGUUUAUAAAACAGUUUUUAUGAGCGCCUCAUACAAAAGACUAAUUUGUAUCCUACACACGUUUCACACAUGUAGCUUGUUAUUGUCAGUCAUCAAAGCGGCGCUACAGAGACUUCUCAUCAAUGCAAAAUCGAAUUAAAAUUACGAAUUACGUUGGCUAAAUGAGAAGGAGUAGGCUACAAUGAUCAACUAACAGGUAGGCUGUUGUUUCAUAUGAAUGGAGUUGUUAUAAACAAGGACGCCUCAAUUAGCCUUGCUACUUUAAAGUCUUUAGCUAGCUAGCUGGCUAACUUAGCUGGCUACUGUAGCUAGCUAGCUUCUUUAGCUACAAACUUUUUCGCUCGGGGGUGCCCCCCUUACAGCAUUGGGGAACAUCCCGCGCCCGCGACACGUCUAAUUCUAUGGGCACAAGCACUGUUCAUGACAAACUAUCCACAACCCUCUUGUUGGUGGAGAGAGUUUUGCAGGUUUAAAGCGUAUUUCCUGCAAUUCUACAAUUUUGUCAUGGUGCAAAGAAAAUGUAGCAGUUUUAAAGCUAAUUUUCUUGCAAUUCUAUUCAUUUUGCCAUAUCUAAUGUGGAUUCGUGAUAUGAGUGACAAAAUUACAACUAUCUAUGGGCUAAAAAACCUAAAUAAAAAAGGUUUGCUGACAUGGGCUAGUUGAUCUGGACAUUUCUGUUAUAAAUAGCUCUCUAAGGUAUGCAAUGACUAACAUGACAAGAGGAACUGAUGAUGCACUACCCAAUUUCGAAAUUGUCUCCAUUGAAGUUUCCCCAAACACUUUUUUUUCUUUAAAACACGUAUUUCGACAAUCCGGAUAUCAGAAAAAAAUGACAUAAUUUACAUUUACAUCAUUUAGCAGAUACAUCAUGAUAUUAUUCAAAUAGUGAGAUGUUUAAAAUUGUUGUUUGAACCCUAAACUGGCACACCUGAUUCAAUUAGUCAAUUAAUCAUCAAGCCUUUGACUAAUUGAAUCAGGUGUGCCUGUUUUAGGGUUAAAACAAAAAUGUGAAAUGUCUGGGGGGGCCGAGGAGAGCGUUGGGUAUACCCUAUAGUAUAGAUCAGGGCUCUCAACCCUGUUCCUGGAGAGCUACUGUCCUGUAGGUUUUCACUCCAACCCUAAUCUACCACACCUGAUUAUAUUAAUUAGCUGGUUGAUAAGCUGAACCAGGUUAGUUACAACUGGGGUUGGAGUGAACCUACAGGAUGGUAGCUCUCCAGGAACAGGGUUGGAGACCCCUGGAAUAGAUUAUAUUGUAUAACACAGGGUGUUUUUCUGACCCUCUCCACAGACUAUGGGAGAGCACGCCCCCAGUCAGUUGAUCUUCUACCACUACUCAGACUUGCAGAAGGAUAAGGGUGUAGUGCUCAUGACUGCUGAGAUGGACCCUAAGUUUAUGGUAAGUUGUUUCUAAUAAGCCAUCGUACCUAUACAAUACAGUUCCAACAGCUGCGAGCUGCCCAGUGACACAAGCCUACCAGACGAGCUAAAUCACUUCUAUGCUCGCUUUGAGGCAAGCAACACUGAAGCAUGCAUGAGAGCAUCAGCGGUUCCUGAUGACUAUGUGAUCACGCUCUCCGUAGCCGAUGUGAGUAAGACUUUUAAGCAGGUCAACAUUCACAAGGCCGCAGGGCCAGACGGUUUACCAGGACGUGUACUCCGAGCAUGCGCUGACCAACUGGCAAGUGGCUUCACUGACAUUUUCAACAUGUCCCUGACUGAGUCUGUAAUACCAGCAUGUUUCAAGCAGACCACCAUAGUCCCUGUGCCCAAGAACACUAAGAUAACCUGCCUAAAUGACUUUGAAGUACUAUGAAGUACUUUGAAAGGCUGGUCAUGGCUCACAUCAACACCAUUAUCCCAGAAACCCUAGACCCACUCCAAUUUGCAUACCGCCCCAACAGAUCCACAGAUGAUGCAAUCUCUAUUGCACUCCACACUGCCCUUUCCCACCUGGACAAGAGGAACACCUACGUGAGAAUGCUAUUAAUUGACUACAGCUCAGCGUUCAACACCAUAGUGCCCUCAAAGCUCAUCACUAAGCUAAGGACCCUGGGACUAAACCCGUCCCUCUGCAACUGGAUCCUGGACUUCCUGACGGGCCGCCCCCAGGUGGUAAGGGUAGGUAACAACACAUCUGCCACGCUGAUCCUUAAUACGGGGGCCCCUCAUGGGUGCGUGCUCAGUCCCCUCCUGUACUCCCUGUUCACCCAUGACUGCAUGGCCAGGCAUGACUCCAACACCAUCAUUAAGUUUGCCGACCACAUAACAGUGAAAGGCCUAUUCCCCCUCAGGAGACUGAAAAGAUUUGGCAUGGGUCCUCAGAUCCUCAAACAGUUCUACAACUGCACCAUCGAGAGCAUCCUGACUGGUUGCAUCACCGCCUGGUAUGGCAACUGCUCGGCCUCCAACCGCAAGGCACUACAGAGGGUAGUGCGUACGGCCCAGUACAUCACUGGGGCCAAGCUUCCUGCCAUCCAGGACCUCUAUACCAGGCGGUGUCAGAUGAAGGCCCUAAAAAUUGUCAAAGACUCCAGCCACCCUAGUCAUAGGCUGUUCUCUCUGCUACCGCAUGGCAAGCGGUACAGGAGCGCCAAGUGCCGGUCCAAAAGGCUUCUUAACAGCUUCUACACCCAAGCCAUAAGACUCCUGAACAGCUAAUCAUGGCUACCCGGACUAUUUGCAUUGUCCCCCCCACCCCCUCUUUUACGCUGCUGCAACUCUGUUUAUUAUCUAUGCAUAGUCACUUUAACUCCACCCACAUGUACAUAUUACCUCAAUAACCUCGACUAACCGGUGCCCCCGCAUAUUGACUCUGUACCUGUACCCCCUGUAUAUAGCCUCCCUACUGUUAUUUUAUUUUACAGCUGCUCUUUAAUAAAUUUUUUACAUAACACUUAUUCUUAACUGCAUUGUUGGUUAAGGGCUUGUAAGUAAGCAUUUUACUGUAAGGUCUACACCUGUUGUAUUCGGCGCAUGUGGCAAAUAAAAUUUGAUUUGAUUUAAUCAUAAAGAUGUUGAAGUCAAUGUUAGAAAUCAGCAGCAGAAGAAUCCAAUUAUGCAUAUGCUCCACAUGCAACAUAACCUUUACCCAUACAGGCUAAUCAGACGUGUAUACAAACAGCACAUUAAUAAAUGAUAUCAACAACUUUGCUGUGUGAGAUGGUAAUUGGUCAAGUAUUUGUACUGUAGAUUACAAUGUAAUUUUACCUCUGGUAUUUUGUUUGUUUAUUACACAGUAGUUACCAGAUUUCAUCAUAUAUAGCUUAGCUAUUUGUUUUGGUCUAAGUAGAGGAAAGCUUAUAACGAAACACUCCUCUUUUGCAGACCGUACAUCUGGCUCAGUGCUUGGCCAAUCAGGUGCAGCUAUUCUACGGAACCCAGCGGCAGGAGACCUUCCGAUUGGUGGAGACCUUUAACCACAAACCAGCCGACUUCAAACACAUGGCAGUGAUCGCUGAGUUGGAACAGAGCGGCAUCAACCCUGCACUCACCUCUGGAAACUAGAUCUAAGAGUUGUCGGAGUGUAAAAUUGCUCCAAUUCACCACAGGAUUGGGAUCGCCAGGGGACGUGGUAGUUCAUUUGGAGCCUAUUCUUGCAUUUGCGGGGGAUAAAGGAUGAAGUCUGUUGCUUGGGACUUAUGACCUGGUUGAGCAGAUGCAUCAGUCAAAAUGUAUGCUAAAAUCCUGGCCGUAAUGAAUCAAUGUUAUUUAAUCUUAUCAAAGCCUUAAAUGUUCUUCCUCACCACGCCCCUGUCAAUCUUGCACUUGACAGUAGUCUCAUAUUCCUGUCAGAACCUAGGGGACGUCCCAAAAGGCACCCUAUUCCCUAAAGAGUGCACUGCAUUUGACCAGAGCCCUAUGAGCCCAGGUCAAAGGUAGUGCACUAUAAACGGAUUAGGGUGCCAUUUGGGAC